AUGGGAGAUCGCAAACUAAAGAACCUUCUAGCACAAAGGGAUUUAGAAUGUACAAAAUUAGAAGAUCUAAAAAGGAUCGCAGAUUAUGCAUUAUCAGAUAUAGAGGUACAUCGAAAUUUUAAAUGCAGGUACAAACAUAUCGAAGAUAUUUUGAAAAGUUUUGAGACAUUUAACACUGCUAUAGUUUCAAUUGUUUCGGGAACUGAAGGUGGGGAUCUCAAGCCGCAUUAUGAUGCUUUGUCUACAUUUAGGGAUAAAUAUUACAGAGUUCAGGCUAUUUACUCUCAAUUAUUCGAAGAUAAAUUGGAAACUUCCAAAUCAGAGGAAGAAAAUUCAUCACAUACAAUUGUUGAUAUUUUGGAUUUUUCUGGUGAAUGUAGGCCCGUACGUGUUUUGCUCGACAGCGCUAGCCAGUCUUCGUUUAUCACCAAGAAAUGUUGUGAUAGAUUGGGACUGCCUGCAUUUUCCCUCUCUAUAAAUAUAAAGGGCGUGGGUCAAACAAGUGCCUCAGCAGAUCAGGGUGUUUCGUGUACUUUGAAACCUCGUGGUUUGGACACUCCCAUAUUAAAUGUUGAUUUAAUUGUUAUUCCUCAAAUUUGCUCGAACAUGCAAUGCUCAACAAUUCCCAUAGAGAAAUUCACAAAAUUUUGUAACCUCAAAUUAGCUGAUCCUGAAUUUAAUGUGUCGGGUCCAGUAGAUUUGUUGUUAGGUGCAGAUACUUUCGCUCAUAUUGUAAGAGGUACAACGAUUAAAGGUUCGCUCAAUGAACCAGUUGCUCUCGAUACCAUUUUUGGGUUCGUCAUAAUGGGCAAACUUGAUUUUCCUCUUCCAACGCUCAACUCAUUCGUCAGUUAUACAGAUAAUUCUCUUGAAGAUUUCGUAAGGAAAUUUUGGGAACUCGAACAAAUUCCACCUCGCAUCGUCUCCUCUCCCGAAGAUUUGUUAACAGAAAAAAUGUUUUGUGAUACUCUUACUCGCAGUCCCUCCGGUCGAUUCAUUGUGUCCCUGCCUUUCCAAAACCUCGACCCUAUAUUCGAAAACUCCCGUGACAUAGCUCUUCGGCGUUUUUUAUGUUUGGAAAAACGCCUUCUUCUGAAUCCAACCCUUUAUCAGCAGUACCGGGACUUUAUGCAGGAUUAUGUGGAUCAAAAUCAUAUGGAAGUAAUCUCGGACCCCCCCACUCCUUCGACGUAUUUUAUACCUCAUCAUUGUGUGUUGAAACCUGAAAACGUUACUACCAAAUUACGUGUUGUAUUUGACGCAUCUCAGAAGGCGUCAAAUGGUUUUUGUCUCAAUGACACUCUGCUUCGAGGUCCUAAGCUUCAUCAGGAUGUCUCUUGUGUACUUUCCCGUUUUCGCCUCCAUUCUGUUUGCUUCACUGCCGACAUUCGUCAAAUGUUCAGGCAAGUACUCGUGGCCCGUGAGCAUCAGGAUUUUCAACGCAUAUUAUGGCGCUUUUCUCCUUCUGAGCCCAUAAAAGAAUUUCGUUUGAGAACUUUGGUGUUUGGUAUCAAGAGUAGUCCCUUCCUGGCCAUGCGUUGUAUCCGACAAUUGGCUGAAGAGCACAGUCACGAAUUCCCUGAGGCCUGUGCUGUCCUCCAGGAUGAUAUUUUCGUGGAUGACAUAGUAUCAGGUAGUGAUUCGCUUUCAGGUGCUAUUCAGCUGCAGACGCAGCUCACUGAAGUUUUAAGCAGAGCAGGCUUUGAACUUCGUAAGUGGAGCAGUAACAAUGCUGAUAUGCUUCAGCACCUCACAGCUUCUGUUUCUAAUUCGCAACCCCUCACUCUUGAUUUGGAGCCUGACUCUGUUAUAAAGAUAUUGGGACUUCAGUGGAAUCCUUCGACUGAUGCAUUUUCUUAUAGCGUGCAGCCUAUCAGUAAAACUUGCACAAAACGCAAUAUUCUCUCUGAAUUGGCCCGUAUUUAUGAUCCCCUCGGAUUUCUAACACCAUUUGUUCUGUAUUUGAAGCAUCUUAUCCAGAGGUUGUGGACUUUAGGUUUGGACUGGGAUGAUGCCCCUCCCAAGGAUUUGGUGCAGAUGUGGUCGUUGCUAAAGUCUGAAAUGUGUCAUUUGACUGGCAUUGCAAUUCCCCGAUUAAUCAUUUCAGCUAAGAUGCGCUCGUGUCAACUACAUGGCUUUUGUGAUGCGAGUAAUGUUGGCUAUGCGGCGGUUGCGUAUGUUCGCGUUGUAGAUGAGCUGGGUCACAUCGCCACCCACCUACUCUGUGCAAAAUCGAGGGUUGCACCACUGAAGAGGGUGUCAAUACCUCGAUUGGAACUUUGUGCAGCUCUUUUACUCGCUGAGCUGCUGGACAGAGUCCAAGUUGUAUUUGGGACGAAGCUACUUUUCGAUAAGGUGUUUGCAUAUUCAGACUCCAACGUUGCGCUCUCGUGGAUACGCAGCAGCCCCUAUAAGUGGACUUGUUUUGUUUCUAAUCGAGUCACUCUCAUUCAGGAAAAGGUACCACCAUCUGUAUGGAAUCACGUGACUUCUGGUGAUAACCCCGCUGACCCUGCCUUCAGAGGAGUCACUCCAGUCGCUCUUUUGAAACUCUCUCUAUGGUGGGCGGGACCUUCUUGGUUGCAGUGGCCCGAGUGUAAUUGGCCUACGAACCACAAUAUUUCGUUUGAAACAGACGAGGAGAGGAGGCAAUCGGUGUUCGCUACCAUUAUUGAUGAGGAGAAAGAUUUUUUGCAGAACCUUCUUGAUAAUGUGUCCUCGUUCCCCAAGGUUCAGAGAGUCGUCGCUUAUGUGAAAAGGUUUGUUUUCAACUGUAGAAACCCUAACGGUGCUCUCAAGGGCACUGUUACUUCCAUGGAGUUGGAGUCAGCUCUAACGGACCUCAUAAGGUCAACGCAGAUUUCUGCCUUCUCAAGAGAGAUGCUCCUCUUGAAAAAGGGGAAUUCUCUUCCAAAAUGUUGGAGGAAAUUAACCCCGUUCCUUGAUAAGCUGGGUAUCUUGAGGGUGGGCGGAAGAUUGGUGAACUCUCGCCUAGGCUACGAUCAGGUUCACCAUAUUCUCUCACCAAGUCGCCACAGGUUCACCGAAUUGAUGAUUGAGUAUACCCACAGAAAAUACUUACAUGCUGGUUUGCAAACGCUGAACAAUUUGAUAAUUCAACGCUACUGGAUCUUCUCGGCUAAAAGAACUAUUCGUAGAAUAUUGGCUAAGUGUAACCGGUGUUUUCGAGUAAGACCCUUAUCCUCACAACCCCUAAUGGGUGAUCUUCCGGCUGUUCGUGUUACCCAAGUUAAACCUUUUUUGAACGUCGGUGUAGAUUAUGGCGGACCCUUUUUCAUAAUCAUGAAUCGUGUUAGAGGUACUAAGACUUUGAAAGCAUAUAUUUGCCUUUUUGUUUGCAUGGUAACCAAAGCCAUUCAUCUAGAAUUGGCGUCGGAUCUCUCUGCCGACACUUUUCUCGCUGCCUUACGAAGGUUCAUAUCGAGAAGAGGACAAUGUCUUCACAUAUAUAGUGAUCAGGGUACUGCCUUUCGUGGAGCUGCUAAUCAGCUCAGGAAGUUGAUGAAGGAAGCCGGCAUAAAGUCGGUAAAAACGCAUUUAAUUCGCGUAGUAGGAGAUCAACGUCUUACGUACGAAGAGUUUAACACCGUUUUAGCCCAAAUUGAAGCAGUGUUGAAUUCACGCCCUAUAUCGCCUUUAAGCACGGAUCCGAACGAUCUGAAUCCUCUCACACCCGGUCAUUUUUUGACGUUAGCCCCUUUAAAUUCGUUGCCUGAGAAAGACUUGCUAGAUUGCAAUAUGAACAAAUUGUCACGAUGGCAGCUGGUGCAAAAAAUAAGCCAAGAAUUUUGGUCUCGAUGGCAUAAAGAGUACCUGCAUACGCUACUGCAACGCUCUAAAUGGACCAAUCCCUCUGUACCCAUUGAGCUUAAUACUUUGGUCUUACUAAAAGACGAAUUGUCUCCUCCUCUCAAGUGGCAUUUGGGCAGAGUGAUUGAACUCCAUAGUGGCGCAGACAAGGUGACACGAGUGGUCACUGUUAAAACUCUAAAGGGGAAUUUUAGACGCCCUGUAAGUAAGGUGUGCCCCUUACCCAGUUAG